AAUAGUCAUAAUAAAAACCAGAUGUUAUCUUCUACAGACUAUAAUCAUUCUGUAUAUGUAUUUAGCAAUUUAUUUGUUGUUAAAAACUGUCGCGGGUGUGUUAGACUUAGAUUACAGCCUUUACCAAUCUAGGGAUAACAGCCUAGCUUCUUUUUAAUAUAUAGAUUAUAUACAAACACCAGCAUUAAAAUCAAAUAUACUAUUGUAAGUCAAAUAAACCUAUGAUUAGAAAUAAAUAUGGCAAUGUGCAAAUCUUUUCUAAUUACUUGGUACGGAGCAGUUACACCAAUAUAAUAUCAAGGUUAUAUAUUUUUGCUUUUAUUGGUAAAUGCGGUGAAAAUUGGCUGUGUAAAUUCAAGAAUAUUGGACGAUUGUAUGAAUAAUCGUGUCUUCGUAACGGAAAUAACCCACAAUACCGAUGUUUUUUGCAGUGGUUUUGAAUGUCUUCCGUAGUGAUACCAACCUGUACAAAGGUUAAUGCGUUAUUUUCUCCAUAUUUUCUAAGAGUGUUUCGACAUUUUUUGAAGGGUAUUAUAAAUCGUGAUAACAUUCAACAAUAUUAACUUACCGUUGCUUGUCGUACUAGUAUGUCAUCCAUGCGCUGGAUAUUCGAUGUGUAAUGAAUUGAAUUUGGGAUAUUCUUGGGUAUCGUAUGUGUAUGAUCUGGCUUCAAAUGGCUCUAAUUAAUCGCUUCGACCCUGCAAUCUCAUAUAAUCCCAUCUGAGUAACAGUAUUUUAUACACUCUAGUAUACCCAAAGUAUAUAAUAAAAUGGCAAACGGAGAUUUAACAGCAUUAAAAAACCAGGAAUCAGUCAGCAUACCUGCGGUCAUCUUAGCUGCAUAUGGAUGCGACAAUUUACUACCUCUUACUAAUGAAGUACCAAAGGCAUUAUUAAAAGUAGGAAAUAAAUCACUGAUUUCUGGAACCGUCAAUAACUUGUUGACAGCUGGAAUCAAAAAAAUUCUAGUAUUCGCUAAUAAGCAUGAUCAAUCAUCAAUUCAACAGCAUCUAAGAGAAGAAUUCCAAACGCAUGAUCAUAUCAACGCAUUGAAUUUAGACAUAUCCAUUCAUGUAGUAGAUGAAUAUGAUGGAAUGAUACCAUCUACGUCACAUGUUGUCAAAAUAGCGGCGACGAUGCUUAAUAGUCACUUUAUCGUUGUGCCGUGUGACCUUUACGGUAACUUCAAUUUCCAGGGGCUCAUACAAGAUCAUUUGAGCACUGAUAGAUUGUGUACAAUAGCCCUCAUAGAAGAGAAGCUUGCUGCUUCCACCGGCAAGAAAAAUAAAGAUCAAUCGGAUGAUCAAACCUCACCGGGAGGUGAUCCUGUCAGAGGCUGGGGAUAUAAAUAUAAAGUCUUGGCUAUGCUGGAUAUCGAUCAUUCAAAAGUUGUUAGCAUCUCCAAUUACUUAUCACUGUGUAGUGGAGAACCUACCAAUAUUAGCAAAUGGACAUUCCGCAACCAUAACAAAUGCAGUAUACGUUGCGAUUUAUAUGAUGCACAUAUAUACGUUUUCUCAAAGGAUAUCAUCCAUAUGCUUACAGAAAAAUGCUUUAAACAAUCUUCCCUUAGGCUGGACGUUAUUCCGUAUAUCAUCGCUAUGCAAGACGUACAGCAAAAUUGGGAACCUCAGAGCGAAAUAGAAGCAAAAAACUUAACCGAGGAAUUAAACGCACAUCCUGGUACAUCUUUACCCAAUAAAGGAUUCAUCUUUCAGUAUCCAUAUGUUGGCGAUGCAUCACAGUGUUGCAGAGUUAACAGCAUAGAGACCUUGAUGAAAGUUAAUAUGCAACAGUGCUUCGAUAAAACAAAGAAAAACAAAACUGGCACCAUAAAUAGCUCUGGUUCAAAGAUUCGUGACGUUGUCUUCGGUGAAGGUUGUAAGCUAGGUGAUGGAACAACAAUUAAAUCAUCAGUACUGGGCGAUAAUGUGACAAUAGGAAAUAACUGCUCUAUCAACAAAUGUGUUAUCAUGGAUAAUGUAAUGCUGGGAGAUAAGGUUGUGUUAGACAGAUGUAUUAUCGGACACAAAGCGACUAUAUCGACAAAGGUGACGAUGAAACUUGUCGUAGUUGCGCCGAAGUAUAUUGUGCCGGAAAAUGUUCGCGCGGAAUGCGAUUUCCUUCCUACUUUUAUUGAAUCAUAGGAGUUUUUACGCGCUUAAUAACAAAUACAUAUCUCGAUUAAUAUGCUUCA